AACAUUCUUGAAGAUAGGAUGAAUCCUGAUUAUUUAAAUUAUGAAAGCAUGAAUCCGAUCUUACUUGAAAAUAAGUAUGGUCGUUGGAUUAAGACCAAACCAAAAAAACUUGAUCGGCAUAAUGAAGUGAAUAAAACAAUUGAAAAAUUUAUUGAGGACGGACGUCUUAUUGUUGUCGAGGAAGAAAAACAAAUAGAUGGUGCUGAUGAGCAAAAUCAAGACGCCGAAUCCAGUAAAGAAAUUCAAAGUUUAGAAUCUGCAAGCGCUACUGUCGACAAAAUCGAUAUGUUGGUUAAACUUCCUGGCAUAUCAAUUGAAACUAUUGUUUCAAGUUCUUACGCAGAUCAAUUUUUUAGUUCAAAGGGCCUUAAUUUAGAUGAUUGCAAUUUUUUAAAAGAAAUUCUGCCAUACAUAUUGAAAGCUGCAAAAAAAGAAUCGCUAGUACAUAUAUAUAUUAAUAAUGGGAAAAAACAAUCUUUGGCUAAAGACGAUCAAAUAAUUAAAGAAAAGCUUGAUGUUUUGAGCCUAAAAGGAGCAUUAAUGCCAGGUAAAAAGUGGAAUACGCUUAUGCUCCAUCCUGAUUGGCUAACAGAAUUGGAAAAAGGUUACGAGGAAUUCAUAACUGCUCAA